ACAAAGCUGCAGGUUGCUGCUGAGGCCUUAUACAAACAAAUUAGGUGUUUGAGAAAACGAUGAUGUGAUGUGAUGUGUUGUGUGUGUCAGGCCUACUCUCCCAAGAAUUCUGAUUAUUAUUUAAUUAUCACUUAAUCACUCUUAUUAGCUGUUACUAAUCAGGAUUCAACCAUGGGCAAGGGCCCCUUCUCCUUUCGCCGUUCCGGCUCUGGCUCCGGCUCCCGCCGCCGCCACAGGAAGAUCAUCGUCCCGCCCGAAUCUCCUCCCCCUCCCACCUCCACUACCGCCAUGUCGCCCGCUGACAACGCCAGUAACGCAAUGAUCUCCGGCGGCGGCGGCGGUGGCGGUGCCGUCGCGAUGACGAAGGUCAAGAAGAAGGCCAGCGGAGCGAGGCUGUGGAUGCGGUUUGAUCGGUCGGGGCGAUCGGAGCUGGUUGAGCUUGAUAAGAACGCCAUCAUCCGCCACGCCGCAAUUCCUACCCGGGACCUCAGGAUCUUGGGCCCUGUCUUCUCCCAAUCCUCCAAUAUUCUUGCUAGAGAGAAAGCUAUGGUGGUUAAUUUGGAGUUUAUAAAGGCUAUAGUCACAGCUGAAGACGUGCUAUUGCUUGAUCCUCUACGCCAGGAAGUUCUUCCGUUCGUUGAACAACUCAGGCAACAAAUUCCACAUAAAACUCAACCUCAACUUCGUGGGCCUGCUGGUGAACAAGAAAGUGAAAUGCAGGUUCCGACCGGCAGACAGUGGUUGCCUGUGCCAGAGUCUGCUGAAGGGUUGCAAUCUGAGCUUCCAUUUGAGUUUCAGGUUUUGGAGAUUGCUUUAGAAGUUGUGUGUACCUCUCUGGACUCAAGUGUGGCAGACCUUGAGAGAGGUGCUUACCCUGUAUUAGAUGAUUUGGCUAGAAAUGUUAGUACCAAGAAUCUUGAACAUGUGCGAAGUUUGAAGAGCAAUCUUACGCGUUUGCUGGCACGGGUGCAGAAGGUACGGGAUGAAAUUGAACAUCUGUUAGAUGACAACGAAGACAUGGCGCAACUAUAUUUGACAAGGAAGUGGUUGCAGAAUCAGCAACUUGAUGCUCAUGUGGGGGCCACAACCUUGAACAACCUUUCUAGUACUCGUCGACUUGGUUCUACCAGAAGUGGAAGUCUGGUAACUAGUAACUUGGGGGAUGAUAAUGACGUGGAGGAUCUGGAAAUGUUGCUUGAAGCAUAUUUUAUGCAGUUGGAUGGAACUCGUAACAAGAUAUUGUCUGUUAGGGAGUAUAUUGAUGAUACAGAAGACUAUGUCAACAUCCAACUUGAUAAUCACAGAAACGAACUUAUUCAGCUGCAGUUGACAUUGACAAUUGCAUCAUUUGCGAUUGUUAUUGAGACUGCGAUUGCCGGUUCAUUUGGUAUGAACAUUCCUUGUUCACUUUAUAACGUACAUGGAAUAUUUUGGCCCUUUGUUUUGAGCACUUGUGCUGGUUGCUUCUUGAUUUUCCUGCUUAUACUGGCAUAUGCAAGAUGGAAAAAGUUGCUAGGAACAUAAGUGUAAAUUGAUAUUGACCGUUGGUUUGUCAUUACAAUUGACUAUACUAAUCUCAGCAAUCAGUGAUUAUAGAUGCGAACAUAGCCUGGAUUACCUGUACUGUGAAAUUUAUAAUAAUCUCAAUUUGUCACAAGUUUGUUUACUGGUCUGUAAAAUAACCUCAAAACGUGUUUAGUAGCUCAAGAUAUGCAUGACAUCAUGAUGCAUGCAACUUACGAGGUUGA